AUGUUUUUUUUCUUGCACAAUAUGUAAUUCUCAUUGUUUUAUGGUUUCCUCAACACAGCAGGCUUUUUUCCCAGAAUUGUUAUUGUUAUCAGUGCUGAUACAGAAACACAAGAGUCACUCUGGAGAGCAUCAGCUAUCACGCAGAGGAUGAGAGAGAAAGACGGACAGAACGAGACUGGAAGGGAGUGACCCUGACCAGAUGUGUUGAAGGGGUCUGCGGAUGGCGGAGUAAGGGAGUGGCACGAAAGGAAGGAAGGCCGAGGGGAAGGGGGUGUGGAGGAGGAGGAGGAGGAGGAGGAGGAGGAUGCGGAGGGAGCAGAGCGUACCAGCGUGCGGCAGCAGCAACUAGGGAAUCAGGUUUCCCAGACCGAGCAGUAAGAGGGGAGGAGAGAGGAGGCUGAGCCAGAUUUCCCUUCAGACACUCCCAGUCUUUUAAGGCCCAGAGCUCAGCUAACAGUCCCUGGACUCUCCUUAGGUCUGGAUCUCAGCGUGCAGGGCCAGUUUGACAUACACACCUCCCUGAACCUUAUCUCAACCCUCUCAGUUUCUGAGGCCUUCCCUAGCAGAGCUGUCUCCUGAAGAGUACCUACCUCUGGAGGUCUGACUCCUCAUAUCCCUGCAGCACAUUUCCAUUGGCAUGAUUCAAGAAUAACAAUGGAUCCUGAAGGUUCACGCAUCCAAGAUGACCCAGACGUCAAGGUGAUGAUGGCAGGGUCAAUACUGCGGAAAGUGAAGUCACGAUCAUGGAAGAGGCAGCGGCAUUUCCGCCUUCUGGAGGACGGCCUGACGAUUUGGUACAAGUCCAGAUGGGCAGGGAAAGUCCGCAACACUUUCUCCAUUGCCAACGUGGAGACUGUGCGUGAGGGCCACCAGUCGGAGGUCCUGCGGACCAUCGCUGAGGAGUUCCCCGCUGAUCUCUGCUUCACCUUGGAGUUUCACGGUCGCCAAGGCAAACUGGACCUUGUGGCCGAGUCACCGGAGGUAGCCAGGGCCUGGAUCCAGGGGCUGCGCAAGCUGAUUCACAAGGCUAAAACGAUGGAUGAGAAAGAGAGGAUCGACCAGUGGAUCCGGGACUGGUUCAAGAAAGCUGACAUCAACAAAGAUGAGAAGAUGAAUUUCAAAGAGGUGCGGAAACUGCUGAAGAUGAUGAACGUAGAAAUGAACGAGGAACGAGCUUCGGAUCUCUUUAAGAUGGCCGACAAGUCAGAGAGUGGCUUUUUGGAAAUGGAGCAGUUUGUCGAUUUCUAUAAGAUGCUGACUGAGAGGAAAGAAGUGUUGAAGGUGUUUCAGGACUACUCUGCAGAUGGAGAGAAGUUAUUGUUGGACGAGCUGAAGAACUUCCUGAGUGUGGAGCAGCAGGAAGGAGAGCAGAGUUCCCAGCAUGCUCAGGAGCUGAUUGACCGCUAUGAACCAUCUGAAUCAGCUAAGAAGCAAGGUUUCAUGUCUUACGACGGCUUCCAGGCCUACCUGUGCUCACAGGAGGGCUCCAUAUUUAAACCUGAACAUCAGGAGCUUCAUCAGGACAUGAGCCAGCCGCUCAGCCAUUACUUCAUCUCCUCCUCACACAACACCUACCUCAUGGAAGACCAGCUGCGAGGACAGAGCAGCCUGGAGGCAUACAUCCAGGCCCUGAAGAGGGGCUGCCGUUGUGUAGAGGUGGACUGCUGGGAUGGCGCUGAUGGGGAACCCGCUGUGUAUCAUGGUCACACUUUCACUUCCAAGAUUAUGUUUAGAGAUGUCAUUUCAACGCUGAAGGAAUACGCCUUCAAGGUUUCAGACUUCCCGGUCAUCCUGUCCCUUGAGAAUCACUGUGGGGUCGAGCAGCAGAAAGUCAUGGCCCAGCACCUUAGCCAAAUCUUGGGAGACACACUAUUGAGCACCCUGCUGGAUGGGCAGGUCCCUCAACAUCUUCCCUCUCCACAGGAAUUGAAGGGGAAGAUUUUGCUGAAAUUCAAGAAGAUAAGCACUCCAGGAGACAGUGUGGAUGAAACCCUGACAGAUGUCAGCGAUGAAGAAGAGAUGACCGACGGUGAAGCUGAUGAGAGCCCGUCAACAGAGGAACCGCCUGCUGAGUGUUCCAACCAGAACGGGAAGAAACUAGAGAAAACCAAGUCCAAACUGGCCAGCGAGCUGUCAGACUUGGUGAUUUACUGCAAGAGUGUCCACUUCCGCGGCUUUAAGCACGCUCGUACACACAGAAAAUGCUUCGAGAUGUCCUCGCUCUCUGAGUCCAAGGCCAAGAAGCUGGCUAAGGAUGCAGCGACAGAUUUUGUUCAAUACAACAGCCGGCAGCUGAGCAGGAUCUACCCCGGGGGCUUAAGGACACACUCCUCCAACUACAACCCACAGGACAUGUGGAACGUGGGCUGCCAGAUAGUGGCUCUGAACUUCCAGACAGCUGGUCUGGAAAUGGAUCUGAACGAUGGGCUGUUCCGGCAAAACGGCUGCUGCGGCUACGUCCUCAAGCCUGACUUCAUGAGAGACGGCAACAUUCAGUUCAAUCCAGAAAAACCAGAGGAGCGGCCAGGCUACAGACCACUCCGCUUAUCCAUAGAGGUGAUCAGUGGGCAGCAGCUACCGAAGGUGAACCCGAAAGAGUGCUCUAUCGUAGACCCUCUGGUCAGAGUGGAGAUCUUCGGAGUGCCACAGGACCAGGCCAAGGAAGAGACCAGGUACAUCAACAACAAUGGUUUUAACCCAGAGUGGAAUGAAACUUUAAAUUUUGUCAUACACACUCCUGAGCUGGCUCUGGUUCGCUUUGAGACGGAGGACUACGAUAAGGCUUCCAGGAACGACUUUAUCGGACAGUUCACUCUUCCAUUUACAUGCAUCCAAGCAGGAUAUCGUCACAUACAUCUGCUCUCCAAAGAUGGAACCCCUAUCCCUCCCGCCUCCCUCUUUGUCAAAAUCAGCAUCUCUGAGCUCACAUGAAGAAGUCGGGUCAGAGGACAUGGACCAGAAGUGGACACAGGUCCUGUAUCUUCAUCUUCAUCAGCCAUGAACCUUCAUGAAGGAUAACAACAGCAUGCACCAAUGCUUUUAUCUGAUAUUUGUCAGGCUGAGAAAGGAGGAAGGUGGAAAAUGUAUCAUGUUGAACAUUUCACACUUAAAAAAAAGCAAACAACUGGUCAGAUUAAUGCUGAGAGCUUUUCUUUCAUUCUUUUCUCAUUUGUGAAACAGCUGGGUAAAGGUUUUACCAGGUGAAUUUUUUUGUUUGUUUGUUGUUGUAAUACUCAUUUCAGCCACAAGAAGCCUAAGUGAACCAACCACUCAUCUCUUAACCCUCCUGUUAUGUUCGUUUCUCAGGAACAGCAAUAAUGGUCGUGGGUCAAUUUGACCUGGGGCAUGUUUAAUUAUCCAAACAUGUUUAGAAGCUAAAAAAAAUCCCGUUAAACAUUGUUUAAAUUUAAUUAAUAACUCCAUAACUAACCAUUUCAAUCAAUAUUUAGUGCAAUGGUGUUCUUUACUUCUCACAGAUUACGGUUCAAUGAGGAUAAUUCACUUGUUUUUCAUUAAAAAUGCAUGUUAAAACUUUUUUUUAUGUACAUUGGAAAGACCUACAUAUAAACUACAAUG